GAGAUCCCUACCUCACUUGUCGCUUCUCCCACCCUUUAAAUCCUUUCCUUUCCUCUCACACAACACAAAAAUUGUUAAAUUCCCAAUCCAAUAGUUUUAUUAGUUCAUAAAAGGAAAAAGAAAAUAUGAAUGUCUUGGAUUCUAAUGUGGAAGCUCUAGCCUUCAACUACUUGAGCUUCGGUUUUCUCACUGCCCUCAACAACCUAUGGACCUGGCUCGCUCUCUUAACCGCCGCCCUCAGCUUCUGGAAGAUUCGCUCCGCGGGCUGCCCCAAGCCCAGGCCCAAGACCGAGGCCCAAGCCCAACCUUUUUUCAGGCCUGAGGCUGUCGCGGAUUUGUUAAUAGUGGAGAAAACGGAGCCGACGAAACAACAUGCAGCGACGGCUCCGUUUUCUCCACCGUUAUUACGAGGAGAAAAUAACAGUGAAGAAAACGGCGAGAGGAAGGGGAAGUUUACCGUUUAUUACGAGGAGGAGGACAUGGGCAUGCAAUGCACGUGCGAUGAGAAUGAGGGGUUGUUAACGGCGUGGAAAGAGAAAGAGGGGACCGAAACGGAGUGGUGGAAUAGGUGGGAGAGGUUGUUGCAGUUGAGAAAUGGGGAGAGCGAGAACGGGUGGUACAGGUGGCAGGACUUGACGGAGCUUAACGGCAGCGUCGUUAGGAUAUGGGACGGUGGGUUAAGUGGUUCUUCCGUUAGGGAAUCGUGGUACAACAACUACAACUCUAGCUGUAUGCAUGUCUGGUAAUGAUAAUAAGAAUAGUGAUGAAAAAUAAUAGUCCUUGUGUUGGAUUUUAACUAUUAAGCUUCUCUCCUUCAAGACUUUGGAGAGGUUGUUGAGAUUUGAGAAUUUGUAUAUAUAUGGUAUUUUGGUAGUGGAUAUGCAAUUUUUUAUGAAGAAAUUAUGAAGUAGAGCAAUAAAUUAAUUAAGCAUCA